ACAACAAUGAACAACUUGGAGUCCUAUCCUCCCAUUCUCCGCCACCCACACCACCACUAUCAACCACCUAACCCAGACCCGGUUAACAAUAAUGACCCGAUCCAGGAUCCGGAUCCUGUGCCAGUCAUAGAUCUUCAGUGCUUAGACCAAGACAAGAACAAGUUCGAUGAGGCUUGUAAGGAUUGGGGGCUGUUCCGUUUGGUCAACCAUGGGGUUCCAUUAACCCUUUUGAAACAGCUUCAAGACUUAGCCAAAGAACUAUUCUCUAUGUCCUUUGAAUCUAAACAAGAUGCAUGCACUGCAAGCCCCGUCGCAUACUUUUGGGGUACCCCUGCCCUAACUCCAUCUGGAACAGCCUUAACAGGAGAUAUCAAUUUGGUUGAAGGUUUCAACGUGCCAUUGAGUCAACUCUCUCACUUCCACUCUCAACUUGCCACGCUUGAGUCCAUAAGACUUCUACUAAUGGACUACGGAACCCAUCUAUCAAGAAUCGCUUCAACUUUGUUCGAAGCUAUGGUGAAGAAACUUGACUUGAAUAUGAAACCCUCAAACUCUUAUCUAUCAAAGAACACAGGAAUGGUGCGUAUCUAUCGCUACCCACAUUGUUGUGAUACAAAUGUUGGUUGGGGCAUGGAGGCGCAUACAGAUAGCUCAGUCUUGUCCAUAUUAAACCAAGAUGAUGAAGUGAGUGGACUUCAGGUGCUAAAAGAUGAUCAAUGGCUAACUGUAAAGCCCAUUUCCAACACAUUGAUUGUCAACCUUGGAGACAUGAUGCAGGCAAUAAGCAAUGACAUAUACAAGAGUGUGUCACACAGAGUGAAGGUGGACAAUCAUAAAGAGAGGAUCUCAAUAUGCUACUUUGUAUUCCCUGAUGAAGACGUUGUAAUUGAGAGCUCAAAGUACAAGCCCUUUACCUACAAUGAGUUCAGAGCACAAGUGCAACAAGAUGUCAAGGUCCUUGGCUAUAAAGUUGGGCUUGCAAGAUUUCAACUCAAUUAAGGGAACUUGUAUUGGAUUGAGAUUUCAAAGGAUUUUAAUGGAUUGUUUUUGGACAAAAAAAUCCGAUGGUAUUCGAUUAGGAUUUUAAUGGAUUGAAAAAAAGUC